AUGUUCACCACCUUUGGCGCUUCCGACGCGUACACGCGUAUUUACUGCGAUUGGACAGGCAGCCAUCCGUUGAUGUCGACGACACUCUACCAAGCGCUUCCGGCCAAUGUGGACUCAACGUCAGUCGCGUCCCAACAGGCAGCCUCCAGUAUACCUGCAUCGAAUAGCAACCCGUCCAUCUCGGCACCUACCCCGUCCCCAACGUCGAGCCCGGCCGGCGAGCAGGAUCAACCCGCUGGCGGUAGCAGUCGUUUAAACAACACAUCCGUGAUCGCUGGAAGCGUCGUCGGGGGGCUUGCGGUCAUCGCAUUCGCCGGUGUCGCCAUCUUAUACAUCCUCAAGCGCUCCAAGCGCCACUCCGCUGGUACUUCUGUCCCAUCGAGCGACGGUGAUUCUAUCAAUCCGUAUGGCACGCCGGAGAUGACCAGGAACGGAUAUCCUGAUGCGCAAGCGUAUACGCACACGGCGACAAAAUACGGACACACCAUAAAUGGAGGCGAACUUGAUGGGCAGCAUGGCACCGCCGAAUUGGGUGGCGUCUUGGUCCACGAAGUAGAGGGCCGUCGAUGA